AUGAAGAUAUGUGUGCAUCACUUCCCUUGACAUAGUCACUUCCCUUCUAUGUCACCGGUGGCUCGACUGUGGGGCAAAGAUUAGUCAUACACACAAAAAAGAGACUCAUUAUUUGUGAUAAGUCUAAAUUUAAGGGUUUUUAUAUUAAUGUUUUAAUUCAGACUUAACCAACAAUAAAUUUUCCACUUAGUUAUACUCUAUAUCCAACAUAGGGCAAAUAAGAGGUCGAUCCACAAGAAGGCAAGAGUUCAAUUUCAGAUCUUUUAGUCUUAGAAAUGGUAGAAAUAGAUUUAGAAGUUAGGAAUUACUCUUUGGAAGUAUUUCAGGAAUUUAGAGAACUUAAUAGGAUUUCUUGGAAUUAACCUGUGCAGAAAAUACAGCUAAUGAUUAGAAUUUUAUUUUGUAGUAUUUGUUUCUAAUUUUAAUUUAGUACUUUCGGUUACGUCCGGAACGGCAGAGAGAGAGAGAGAGAGCGACGGGCACGCAGCGACCGGUAGCGAGCGCACGGCGGCUGGCGAUAGGCAGCAGCAAUGGUCGGCGGACGUGCGGCGGCUGGCGAUGGGCACACAGCGGUGCUUAGCGGAUGCACGGCUGCUGGCGAUAGGUGGCAGCGGUGGUCAGCGGACGAGAGAGACGAGGAGCUACGGGUAUGCAGCGGCCGGCAGCGAGCGCACGGUGGCUGGCGAUAGGCGGCAGCAGACGGAGCGACGGGAAGACAGCGGAAACAGAAGGAGGCUGCGGGAGAAGGCGGAGGGAGAAGGAACGAUGGGCAAAAACAGAGAGAAACGUGGAGCAGCUGGAGGGGGCAGAACGGAAGACAGAGCGAUGGGAAACAGCAGAAAAAAAAGGAGGGUUCAGAGGUAUAACGAGAAGAUUGGUGCUGAUGUUUUUCCUUUAA